AUGAUAAAAAAGACAAAGUGGUACUCCAUCAUAUUGGACUGCACGCCCGAUAAAAGUCGUAUUGAACAGAUGUCCAUUAUUAUCAGAUUCGUAGCAUAUGAUCAGAAUCCUAAGAAAUUCGAAGUGAAAGAACAUUUUCUUGGAUUUCUCCCUAUUGCUGACACUACCGGCAAGGGACUAACAGAGGUUAUCCUUGAUAAGUUACAGAAAUUGGGCAUAGCUCUUUCUGAUACGCGUGGCCAAGGCUAUGACAAUGGGGCAAACAUGAAGGGUAAACAUUCUGGGGUGCAAAAUAGAAUCCUACGAAUGAACCCUCGUGCUUUCUCCGUCCCUUGCUCAGCUCAUACUCUCAAUCUCGUAGUUGGUGAUGCUGCUUCUGUCACGGGUCAAACUACAGCUGUCAGUGAUACGCGUUGGAAAAGUAGGGUUGAUGCCAUCAAACCAGUGCGCUACCAGCUUGGAGAGAUCUAUGAUGCACUUGUGGAAAUUUCGCUCGAUGAUAAACGAGAUAAUCUAUCGAAAUAUGAGGCUCGGUGCUUAGCCCAAUCCAUCGCGAAUUUUAAAUUCAUUUGUAGCGUAAUCAUUUGGUUCGAUAUUCUGAACAAAGUUAAUGUCGCAUUAAAAUUAUUACAAAGUCCUGCUUUGAAUAUAGUUAAUUGCUGUAACAUUCUAGACAGAACCACAGCUUUUCUGAAGCAGUACAGAUCUGAAAAAAGUUUUUGUAGAAUACUGAACGAAGCGAAAGACUUAGCAUCUGAGGUGAAAGUAGAGCCGACAUUUCCCCCUAACAACACGGUUCGCGUUUGCCAUAAGAAACGUAAUUUCGAAUACGAAGCUCGAGAUGGACGUGUUACAGAUCCGAAAGAACAAUUUAGAACAGAAUUCUUUUACCACGUUAUUGAUAUAGCAGUAAUAUCAAUGGAAGAGAGAUUUCAACAACUACAGGAGCACAGCAAUGAUUUCAAAUUUCUGUAUGAUAUUCAUACUCUCAAGUCUUCAACGAAAGAAGAGAUAAUGAAGAGCUGCAAAAAUUUGCAUGGAAGGUUAACGAAUGGGGAGAAAAUGGAUAUUGAUGGCAUUGAUCUGUGCGACGAAAUUAUGAAUCUAGCUGCAAUCUUGCCGGCUGGUCAAUCCCCAAUUGAAGUUUUGAAUUUCAUCGUAAAAAAUGAUAUACUUUCAGUUGUACCUAACGUUGUCAUUGCCUUGCGGAUAUUGUUAACUUUACCCGUUUCAGUAGCAUCAGGAGAGUGGAGUUUCUCCAAACUAAAAAUUAUCAGCCACGAACGCUUAGUAGGAUUGGCCACUGUAUCUAUUGAAAGUGAAUUAUGUGAUCGCAUCGACUAUCAGGAACUUAUUGCAGACUUUGCAAAAUGGAUUGGAGUUAAUAAAUACGAGAAGGCGGGUUCUCUCAGCUUGCCCCAGGUGCCACAAGGGCUAGGCGCGGCGCUGACCGUAUUACUCUAUAUAUUCGUUGUAUUUUUGUUUUAUGUAAACUACAGAACCGAUGAAAUAAUUGCCCAAAUUAUUUUAGAGACCGAAAGUCAAUCUCUCAGUCAUAAAUUAUACUCGGAGACCAGAAUUGCACACUCGCGGCAUAUUGGCGAUCGAAAUGAGAGCCUAUGUGCUCCUGCAUUUAAUGAGAGAAAUUCUUGCGACUCAACCUUGACUGAAUACGCCCAAUUAAUAAAAUAG